UCCAGUUCCUCGUCUCUUCUGCAGCUCUGUACGUCCAUCGAGACGCAGAGAUCAGCGUUUCUCUGCUUUAAAUCGAUGAUUUCGUUUUUGAGGAAAAGCAUGGAUUAAACUGUCAGCAUGAACAGCACACCAGGCCAAUGCUGAGUGUCCUGCUAAGUCAAAAGCGGAAGUAUGAUUAGUUUCAUUGGUCACGUCUCAUGCAGGAAAAGACUGCUACACCGCACAAGAUCACUCUGUAAUCGGGUCAUUCCAGGAAUCCAUCACCUGCAUUUAUGCCCAAAUGUUCCUUGUUUCAAGCUAGAGAAGUACACAAGAAUUUGGGAGGCGACAGUGGCAGAAGAGUAAAGUACACAUCCUGUAACUGGAAGGCUGCAGGAUUAGCCCUGCUGUGAUGGGCCGGUCCGGGAGGUGAGCAGCGGGCAGAGUGGGUCCGCCAGGUGAACGCACAGGCAGCUGAGUGAGUUCAGUCCGAGGCUGCCUCAUGUGUUGGGAUUCCUCUGUCUUCUGGCCCCCACUGACCCCCACUCUCCCAGCAUCAGUGGGAUGUCCAAGGUGUGUCUCCUCUUGGCCUUGCUCAUGCUCUCCAGCUGCACAAAGGUCUCAUCUGCUAACUCUCUGGAGCUUGUGAAGGAGCAGUGGAGCAGCUACAAGGACCAAUGCAUGGACUUCAUCAACUCCACACCACCUGCCACAGGGUUGGUGUGUAACCGAACCUUUGAUUUAUAUGCCUGCUGGCCCGAUGGAGUUCCAGGAACAAUUGUCAACAUCACUUGUCCGUGGUUCCUGCCAUGGUAUCACAAAGUUCAGCGGGGUCUGGUCUACAGAGUCUGCAGUGAGGAUGGUAAAUGGGGUCAAAAGAAUACCAGUGAGUGUGAGGACGACCCCCGUGAGCAGCAGUACGGUCGCAUCCUCAGUCAGCUCCGGAUCAUGUAUACGGUGGGCUACUCCCUUUCUCUGGGAGCUCUGCUGCUGGCCCUGGGAGUCCUCAUCAGCUUCAGGAAGCUCCACUGCAUGAGGAACAACAUCCACAUGAACCUGUUUGCUUCCUUCAUCCUGAGAGCUGUGUCCAUUCUGGUCAAAGACGCCCUCCUCACCCUCACUCUGGACCCACGGAGCGGCAGCAGCGCCCGGACACAAGCCUGGGUCAACAUACCGGCUGUGAUGUGGUGCCGUGGUGCCAUGGUGAUGAUGCAGUACAGCGUGAUGGCCAACAACUACUGGCUGCUGGUGGAAGGGAUCUACUUGCACAGCCUUCUUGUCAUCACUGUUUUCAGCGAGAAGAAAUACUUCUACAUUUACCUCGCCAUCGGCUGGGGUGCGCCUCUCAUAUUCGUGUUGCCAUGGAUCACAGUCAAAUAUCUGUACGAGAACGAAGAGUGCUGGGAGAGGAAUAUGAACAUGGGAUAUUGGUGGAUUAUCCGCUCCCCUAUACUGUUUGCUUAUCUGAUCAACUUCUGCAUUUUCAUCAGGAUAAUUAAAAUCCUGAUGUCUAAACUAAGAGCUCACCAGAUGAGAUACACAGACUAUAAGUUCAGACUGGCCAAGUCCACUCUGACUCUCAUCCCACUGCUUGGCAUUCACGCCAUCCUCUUCACCUUCGUCAUCGACGAGUCGGUCCCUAAAGGCUCCAUGCUACGUCUCAUUCGCCUCUUCUGUGACCUCCUGUUCAACUCCUUCCAGGGCCUGCUUGUGGCCAUCUUGUAUUGCUUCGUCAACAAAGAGGUGCAGUCAGAGAUGCUGAAAAAGUGGAAGAGGUGGAAACUGGGGAAGGACAUUGGUGAGGAGUACCGCCACACCCACAGCCAUACUCCUCACAUCAAGAGCGGCAGCGUCGCCACGGGCAAUCUGCUUGACCUCCAUGACAACAACGCCAGCGAUCCAAGCAGCGACUGGCCUCGCCCUCAGAAAGCCAGACCACUGUCCUCCGCCGUGCCUGAGGAGAACCGCAGACUGGUGGUCUCGUACAGCAACGGCACGGGGAGAGGCAAGCCAUCAAAGAGCCGACAUACCCUGCAGUUCACCCUCCAACCUCUAAGAGGCGCCACCAGCCACGCCAGCACUAUGACAGAUGAUAAUUGUUUAGAGGAGCAGGUCCAAUACUGCUCAUAUCGGCAGGAAGGAGAGGAAACCAGUGUUUGAAUUUCAUUACAAAACAUGUCGAGUCAUAAAAUCAAUCCCUACCGUGAACCAAUGUGACGACCUGAACGGGAACAAUUUAGAGAAAAAAAGGACCGCAAGAUUCCCUGACUCAUAUUUUAAACUUCACAUGCUCAAAGCUAUAUUUAUUUGUUUUAGGUGGAACGAUGAACAAAUUGUCAUUGUAACAGUGCAGAAUGUGCACGCAUAUCAUGCAGAAACAUUCAACUCAACACCAAACCUCUUGUGAUUGUGUGAAGCGCCUGGGUUGUGUGUGUGUGUGUGUGUGUGUGUGUGUGUGUGUGUGUGUGUGUGUGUGUGUGUGUGUGUGUGUGUGUGUGUGUGUGUGUGUGUGUGUGUGUGUGUGUGUGUGUGUGUGUGUGUGUGUGUGUGUGUGUGUGUGUGUGUGUGUGUGUGUGUGUGUGUGUGUGUGUGUGUGUGUGUUUGCAGCAGUGGGUGCUUAUUUGUGCUCCUCUUUGGUUUUCUGAGGCUGAGCUGCAGCGUGCUUGACUCAUGACAGCAACAGCAGCAUGGACUUAUUCACCAGAGACGAAGAGAUUGUUGCUCCUAAUGUGGAGAGAAUGUUUGCCGCUCUGAAGAUGUGCUAUGAUGUUUGAAUAACUGUGAUUUGAAACCAACAAUGCCAAAAUACUAUAGAAAUAUUAAUAUAUUACAGAUUUUAAAUGGUUUAUGUUUUGCAUUAAAUCCAUUUUCCCACCCCUGCCUAUCUUUUUUUACACCAGCUACAUGCUUUUGUCCAUUUUAGUCAAAUUUGGACUGAAUUUAAAGAAAAACAAGUGAAAUUAUUUUUGCCACAGUAAUUAGUCUGGAUUACCGCUGAAUUAAAUCUAAAAUAUGAACAAUUAUUUGCUUAUGACUUUCAUCAGGAACACAAUUUGAUUUCACAAUAUUGAAGGCCAAGUUCCCUUAGAAACCACUUUUUUACUUAUUAUUUUGAAAUACGAUCGGUCAUUCUAGCCAUUUCCAGCAUUAGCCGCAGAUAGAAAACAGAUGGGAGACUCUCGGAUUAGAAAAGCCUGACAGAUCUAUGUCGUGUAACAUUCAUGGACUCAACCAUCUUGACUCGACAGGAGUCUGUUGUUGGUUUAGUGUCCAGGAAACGGCAGAGAACGUCUCUGCUAGUAGAAGCUAACUGUUAGCAAUAGCAACUCGACAGAACUCCAUCAGGCUUGUGUUAUUUGCGGGGAUAAAACAUCAACGUUGCAAAGCAAAUUAUGUUAGUGGUAGAGUCGCAUUGCUGUUAGCCAAUCAGAGGUGUCUGGGUAUCUGGAAAUGAAACUCCAAAUCCUGUCAUUUUCAGUUCAUCUCAUCUCUGGCUGACUUUUAUUCCCUCAAACAGGAGUGUGAGCUUUUUCCCCUCAAAGAUCGACUCACAAGGAAUUAAUUUACACUAGAAAUUACUGUGCUGAAAAAAUGAGUCAACUUAGGCUUUAAAAUGUUCCUCCAUAUAAUCAAAGUCACACCAGUAUAGUCAUUUUUCAUGCACCUGUUCCAUUUCUUUGUCCACAUGUGGUCAUAACACACAGGUAUGUAAUGCAGUUUGCUAAAAAUAUUAUCCGGGAAAGUUUUUUUCUCCCAAAAGCAACAGCAUGUGGCCAAUCUAGAGCCGUAAAUAAAUAAUUCACUUAUUUUGUUUUUCAACAUGAAGUUGGGGCUCAAAUAUGACAAUAAAAUAAAAAAUACAAGUUCUUGUUUUUAUUUUUUCCUGCUAUAAUGAGUGAAUAGCUGCGAUGGACUGGCUCUCUGUCCAGGGUGUACCCCGCCUGAUUGCCCAUUGACCGCUGGAGAUAGGCACCGACCCCCCCGCCCCGCGACCCUGCGCGGACAAGCGGGUUCCCAAAAUGGAUGGAUAGAUGGAUGAUGAGUGAAUAGAAGUCAACAUGGAUUUCCACUGAGAAACGUCAAACCUCAUUGUCAGUCAAGCAUGGAAAUUCCUGUUUUUGUGUUGAAGUGUGAACUGUACAUACCGAUGAACGUAACGAAUAGACUGAAGCAGGGUCAAAAGCUGAAAGCAGUGAAAGCAUUACAGUGUUUCAAUUCAUAGCUUUAAUUAUCAAAUCCUGUUUUAAAUUUGAAAAUAACUCCAGUGUCAGAAGGUCUGCAAUGCGAACAAUGUCAGCAAAAAAAAAAAAACAGUAAGUUUUUGGUGAAUGCUCGUUAUGUUUCAAAUGUCUCUGUGAAUAAAAUAUUUUCUGUUAGCAAAGAAAAGUUCUGCAUGUAUCGUGUUUUUUAACAAUGCUGGUCGCAAGGCGGCGUCUUGUGAGGCGUGACAUUGAGAAACACUCAUGGCGUCUCCCCAAAGACACCAAACCCACGCGCUAUGUACUUUAAACGUGAUUUUUAAGGUUAUAAGGUGCAAAGCCACCAAUAUUUUUCAUU